GUAUAAUGAAAACAAACCAGAGGCGAAGUAUCCAAAUCCACGUGACCUCAAACCCAACCGGCCCCGCCACCCUUCUUCACGAAAACAGAGGAAACUACUUUUCACGAUUGUGAAAAAACAUAAAAAGAAUAGAAAUUCUUGUCCAGUUACUUCAUCGUACAUAUAAAUACAUGUCAGAACAAAGCAAAGGUUCAGAACGUGAUUAAAACCUCCGUCACCAUUUCCAUUUUCGCUUUCUUUUUUCCAUAAUUUUGGCUCGGUUUUAUUUUACCUUUUUUGACUUCUUUUAAGGGAAAAAAAUCUUUACGUGUUCACCUGGCAAUGACUAGCGGUGCCACCACUGGCAACCCCUUACUCGGGGCGCCUACCAGUACUCACCGGCGCCGUGUAGUUGAUGCCGUGAAUGACAGGGAGAAAUCAUAUGAUCAAAUUCAAAUUGCUUUAUGUAAUUCUGCAAACGAUAUAGACUCAGAAACAUUGAGUAAAAGUGACGGUGUAAAUUAUCAGUACUUAUUGAAACGUAAAAGGGUGCCGGAGAAUUGGGUAUCCGGCGUGGAGGAAUCUAUGCAUUCUUUUGGACCAAGGAAGAAUAUGGGGCGUUGGGUAUUUAGGUUUCUCUUGAUGCUGUUGGUGUUAUGGGCAUUCUUAAAGCUCCAUUUCAUGAUCGAAGUCGCCGGAAAAAUGAUUAGAAGAGAUAAUGAGAUUUUGAUUAUUCAGAAUUUCAAGAAUGAUUUAUCUAAUGCUCAGAGGGUCACGUUUGAUUCUGAGACAUCUUCAGGUUCUGCUGUGAAGAAACGGCAGAUGAGGGAAUUGCCGGUCCCUGAUAUUUGGAUGAAACCAACCAGUGAUAAAUUUUACAAGUGCAUUACUCGACCAAAGAAUCGCAUAAGGACAGCGUCGAAAACAAAUGGUUAUAUUCUAGUUCAUGCAAAUGGAGGACUCAAUCAAAUGAGAACAGGAGUAUGCGAUAUGGUUGCUGUCGCAAAGCUUAUGAAUGCAACUCUUGUACUUCCUUCCCUUGAUCACGCGUCCUUUUGGAGCGAUCCUAGUGAAUUUAAAGAUAUUUUUGACUGGAGGCAUUUCAUUGAAGUUUUAAAAGAUGAUAUCGAGAUAGUUGAAUCUUUGCCGUUACAGUACGUCACUUCGAAUCCCUAUCUCAAGGCUCCCGUCUCUUGGUCAAAGGCUAGUUACUACAAAGAACAUGUUCUUGGUUCGCUAAAAAAGCACAAGGUGAUCAAGUUUACUCAUACGGAUUCACGACUUGCUAAUAAUGGUCUCCCGCCCUCUAUCCAGAGGCUCAGGUGUCGUGCAAAUUACGAGGCUCUCCGCUACACAACAGAGAUCGAAGAGCUCGGAAAGAAGUUCGUUGAUAGACUUGGGAAAGAUGAUGAACCGUAUAUUGCUCUUCACUUGAGGUAUGAGAAAGACAUGCUGGCAUUCACUGGUUGCAGCUACAAUUUGACUGCAGACGAGGCUGAGGAACUUAGGGGCAUGAGGUAUAGUGUUAAGCACUGGAAAGAAAAAGAGAUUGACAGCAAAGAAAGGCGACGGCAAGGGGGCUGCCCUCUUUCUCCCCGGGAAGCAGCCCUAUUUCUUAAGGCUAUGGGGUAUCCAUCCUCGACUCGAAUAUACAUUGUUGCAGGGGAAAUUUUCGGUAAAAAUAGCAUGGAUGCAUUCCGAUCCGAGUACCCUAAUGUUUUCACUCACUCAACACUUGCAACAGCAGACGAGUUGGAGCCCUUCAAGCAUUAUCAGAACCGACUCGCUGCCUUAGAUUAUCUUGUAGCCUUAUACAGUGACGUGUUCGUUUUCACAUACGAUGGGAAUAUGGCCAAGGCUCUACAGGGGCAUAGAAGUUUCGAAGGAUUUCGCAGGACAAUAAACCCGGACAGGUUCAAUGUUGUUAAACUGGUAGAUAAGUUGGAUAAAGGUGCUAUUUCUUGGGACAAUUUCACAUCUGAGAUCAAGAGCAUACACUCCAACAGAAUCGGAGCACCAUAUCUUAGACAAGCCCGUGACACACCAAGACUCGAGGAGAACUUUUAUGCGAACCCUUUUCCCGGUUGCAUUUGCAAUAGUUCUAUGGAGAAAAGAAAGCAUAAGAUACUGGAUCAGAGACCUAAUCCUGUAGUUGCUUCAGAUAGAUAAGUUUAUCCAUUUCAGUUCCGAAGUAAAGAAAAAGAACUAUACAGCACACAAUGCAACGCGUACUGCUGUAGUCUAGAGUACUGCAAGACACCUGAUCAUCAGCCGAUUACAAUGGUGCUAUGAUACACAAUUCUUUGUAAUUAAGCUGUGGCUUCGAUGCAGAGAGGUUGAGAUAUCGGCAGUUGAAAGGCGGGCAGGUGAAAAUAUUUUGUUGACAAAAUCAUAAAACAGCAGACUACACCAACAGAGCAUAGAUACAUAUUUUCGUAGCUCAUUGAUUUGUUCAUUCUUAUUUCCUUCAACUAUAGUGUAUUGCCAAACAGGCUCUAAUAAAUUAUUUGUAAUGACUUCUUUAAGUCAUUUUGAGAAUAGAAAAUUUUCUCCCCAUUUUGUUAA